UUCAACCUCGUCUGUGUGUAAAAGUCACAACCGCCCGAGCCAAGCUGGAUGACUUUUGGCGAUUCUGCGGAACUCCUCUCCCUUUUUUUGAUUUGACUCUUCGGGAUCCAGAAUGUUUGUUUCACACGAUUCGCCAGGUGGUCGACGGGAAAGUCUUGGGGGGAAAAAAGUGGAUUGAAUGUUUCGAAGGUGAGCAAAGGAGCGCAUCCAUGGAGGCUGCAGACUGGAACAUGUUGAUUUAAAAGAGUUCAAGUAUAUCAGGAGCACUCAGGUAGGUCAUUUUAAUCUUUAUUUAUCCAGGAAAACCUUAAUGAGGUUAAAAAUAUCUUUCGCAAGCGUAUCCUGGUAAGUCUUCAAUCAUUAUUUUUUUUAAUUGACUGCCAUAUUGGUGUCUGUCUAUUAUGAACUUUCUAUAGUACCCUGUCUUCAUCACAAGUACAAUAGAUGUACAGUAUAAUAGUUACGCGUGUACAGUUUUUUUUAACCUUUAUUUUUUUUAAUGUUAUGUAUUAAAAGGAUAAUUUAAUGAAUAAGAAUUAUUGGGAUUUAUUACCUCCCUUCAGGGAGGUAAUAAAUCACAAGCACAAAUGGUUUGUCCAUAUAGCUAUAGAGUAUUUAUUACAAUUUGAAAAGAAAAAUAGUUAAAUAUAAAUUAUAGUCGAAUAGCAAAGAACCAUGGUAGCAGUAUUGGAAAAAAGAUGAUGCCCUCGCAUGUGGUCAAGAAUGACACAGUCACCGAUGCACCUCAGUCGCUUGAUUGGAAACAGAAUUUAUACAAGAGCCGCUGUCGGCUUCAACUCACACCCAAGAAAUGGUUAGAAACCAAGCUUAAUUCAGAUCUGAGCCACAUUACACAUUAAAUUCAAGUCGUGCAAAUGCCAUUUAAUGUUUGGAUGCACAUAUCUCUAUCAAAUCAGCCUUUUCAAUUUGGUGAGCGCUUGUAGGAUCUUAUUACACGUUCCCUUUGAUGUGAUUACAUUUAGUAUGGAACUUGAUAGUCGGUCAAUGUUUGAGCAUGUCUAAUUUGUUGUUUCCGAUUAGUGGGUGCUGGUCAUCCUGCAAGAAUGCGACGAGUCUACACGUGGCUUGUCCGGGAUGUGGUGCGGUUUUUACUUUGCUUGGAGGCUGCGAGGUGUCAACACGUCACAGAGCACAGAAAGGUCCCCCAGAGGACGGAGUCCCUGCAGGACUUCGAAGCAGACCGUGGAGGAAUCCAAGGGUCCUGGGGUUCCUGGGGACCCUGGUCCGCCUGCUCCCUGACAUGUGGAGGUGGCGUACAAGAGCAGAGUAGACCGUGUCUGAGGGUCAGCCCUCAUCUGCGUCCGGGCCACGUCAUCUCAGCCUUGAGGCCUUCAGUUUCUGUCUAUCGGGAUGGCAGUGGUCACGAGGUUAAGAGGAGCCCAUCUGGUGGAAGCAGGAGGAUCAUCCCCAUCAUCCCAGGCAGGUACGGCUAUGGAAGAUCUCCAUUGCAGGAUUCCGGAAGGGUCCGGCGGUCCCAGCCCGGCAGACAGAGACGUUCCGCGGUCACUCACCACGGUGGGCUCAGGUCGCGCCACCUCCACCGCAGCGUACCCCACACGCAGACCCUCUGGGCGCCGCUCUACCAGCAGGGCCAGAGGAGCCUUCCUUCAGGUGGGCAGCGUUCCGGAUCCCAGGAACCGGAGCCACAACUGGAGCAACCCUACCACCCACUGCCGGCUUCUUCUUGUACGGGGAAGCACAAUCACCUCAGACUCUGCGACCACAAGGCUUGUCCCACAUCCAGCAAACACAUCAGAGCUGCUCAGUGUUCCAUGCACGACAAGAAGCCUUUUAUGGGCAGACUGUACGAGUGGGAACCUUUCAACGAAGUUGCGGGUGAGCAGCACUGCGAGCUCAACUGUCGAGCUGCCGGCUUCAGGUUCUACGUGCGACUGUCCGACAAGGUCGUCGACGGCACGCCGUGCGGACGCAAUGAUUCUUCUGUGUGUGUGGCGGGAAAGUGCACGAGUCCAGGCUGCGAUGGAUUCCUGGGCUCCGGGAAGGUGAUAGACAAGUGCGGCGCGUGCGGCGGCACCGACGCCACCUGCCGGCUCGUGUCUGGAUUCUUCCGCCGUUCUCUGACGAAAAUCGGCUAUCACAAAAUAGCUGAGAUCCCGCAGGGAGCAACCAAAAUCAACGUCACCGAGAUGGCCAAGAGCAGCAACUACCUAGCGCUCCGAAGCCGAUCGGGACGGUCCAUCAUCAACGGGAAUUGGGCAAUCGACCGGCCGGGCAAGUAUGAGGGCGGGGGCACCGUGUUCACUUACCGGCGACCCAAUGAAAUCAGCAACACCGCUGGCGAGUCCCUCCUCGCCGAGGGGCCCACCAAUGAGAUCCUGGAAGUUUAUAUGAUCUUCCAGCAGCCCAACCCAGGGGUUCACUAUGAAUACGUGGUCACGUCGGAGACACCACAAGGGAACACCGUGAACGAGCAGGAGGUGGGGCACGACGAUUCCCAACAGGGGAACUACGACCCGGCCGGCAGGGGGAAGUACCCACCUCAUCGCCACGAGAACCAGGUGCCGCGCCGCCAACGGGAAUACAGCUGGAAAAUGGCCGGCACCAGCGAGUGCAGCACCUCCUGCGGCAAAGGUUUCAGGCAUCCCGUCUUCCAUUGCAUCCACCGGCUAAACCAGGUCCAAGUCGAGGACAUUUUGUGUGACGGGAAACCAAUGCUGCAGGAGGAACCAUGCAACCUGCAGGCCUGCCCCGCAUUCUGGGACAUUGGCGAGUGGUCGGAAUGCAGCAAGACGUGCGGUCUGGGCACGCAGCAGCGUCAGGUCCUGUGUCGCCAGACCUAUGCCAACCACACCCACAACGUGCACGGCAGCCGCUGCAGGCACCUGGAGCGGCCUGAGACCGCCGGCACCUGCCAGACCAAGAUCUGCAGCGAGUGGCACAUCCGCUCGGAGUGGAGCGCCUGCUCGGUGCCAUGCGGGUUGGGCCAGAGGUGGCGGGAGGUCCGCUGCGUCAGCAACGUGGGGGACUUUGUCCCCGACACAGAGUGCAACAUGAACCUGAGGCCAGUCCACGUGGAGAACUGUGACAGGGGGGCCUGCGCCAAGAGCUGGUUCUACACAGACUGGGGCACCAAGUGUUCUGCUGAGUGUGGGAUGGGUGUACGAACGCGGGGCAUCUUGUGCCUGACCAAUCACAUGAGCAGCUUCCCUCUAGAGGGUUGUGGUAGUGAGCGGCCCCCCGACUCUCAAGUGUGCAACACAGGCCCUUGCGACAACGCCAUGGAGUGGUUCACCGGCCCCUGGAGUCAAUGUUCUGCAGAGUGCGGUGCUGGCAGCCAGCAGCGGGCGGUGGUGUGUCUUACGAGGUCACACGACGUCGUGGCCGUGGCGCCCCAGUACGAGUGUUCGUCGCUGGAGAGACCGCUCAGCCGGCAGAGCUGCAACGUGAAAGCCUGCGGAGCAAAGUGGUACUACACAGACUGGAGUGCUUGCUCCAAAACAUGCGAGGGAGGAUUUCGUGUGCGUGAGGUGCGUUGUCUAUCCGAAGACAUGCAGUCCAGCACCGGCUGUGAGGAACGGCUCAAACCGGCCGAACGGGAAGACUGCAACCCUGAACCUUGCAUACCUCAAAUAGACGAGCACUGCAAAGACGAGUACUACAACUGCAACGUGGUGGUCCAGGCUCGCCUGUGCGUCUACGACUACUACAAGAAGACUUGCUGCGCAUCGUGCUCGCGCCACCCUCACAGACACUCGGUGGUCCACAGGGGACGCAGCUAAUGCUCGUUGGGACAGGAAGUAGAAACAUUUGCGUGCUGGAAAGGACCGGAAACCGCUCACCAGAUGGACGGGACAAAUCGAGGAAAAAGCAACAUGGCACCUGUUAAUCUAUUCAGUUAUUGGUCGGAGCUGUCCUGAUGAUGUAUUCAAGAACACUGGGAUUUUAGAUGUAUCCCAUUUGGAGUCUACAAAGUCCAGCCUCCACAACCAGCUGACAACUAGCUAGCGAACUACCUGACUGACGAGCCAACUAUUUGACCAUUUAAAUGACUAACUAGCAACCUAAACAACUAACUCACUACCUUAACUAGUUGACAAACUAAUGUCUGACGUACUAACUAGCAAACAAAAUUAACUAUUUUACUUACUUUAACUAUUUGUCUAAUUAUUUGACUGAUUGACUAACAAACUGCUUAGACACCUAAUUUAACACCAUCAAGUAGUUAACUGACGAGCGAGCUAUCACACUAUUUUACAGAUUAACUAGCUAGCUGGUAGACUGACUGUCUAACGCUCUCUUACUAAUUGACUAAGUCAAUUAAUGAAAUAUUUAUCUGACUGCUAAAUUAGUUCAAUAGCUAACCAAUAAUUAUUUUACUAUUUCAUGAAUAAAUAGCUAACUUUAACUAUUUAACAAACGAACGAACUUACUAUUUUAAGUGUUUGCCUGACUGCCAGGAUAGCUAACUAACUUUUUAAUUCCACCAAUAUGUAAAUAUAAAUUUAGUCUAAAUGAGUCUUUGUGUGACGUUUGUCUAUUGGGAUUCAUUGAUUGGCUACUAUUUGGUUGGAACUCUGUGGAACUCCAGACUUUGAGACACUUUAUAAUGCGUGAAAUUAAAAUUUUGGAUUUCCCAGUUUUCUUAAAUGCAGCAUCACAAUCUUUAAGAUGAAAAGCAGACAAAAGCAAACGCACAUGGACACUCCUGACUUGAAUGUAAAUAUCUAAGCUUGUUUAAUUUUUAUUUGUUAAAACGACUGUUUAAGAACACUAUUUAUUUAUGCAUCUCUCCAUGGAGAAAAUGCUGUUAAAAAUAUUUGUUUUGCUUUCGCUUAUGUACCAAUGGUGGCCUCCUGGUAUAUUGCUCCCAAAUAUUAAUGUUCAAUUCCCGGGGGGAGGUUGCAUUCCAAAAUGCUGGAACUGCUGCGCCAUGGAUUACCAUACAUCUUUGCUCCAUUAACUUAUUCACCAACCCUUUUCCCCUCCCUUCUGAGCACACAGCUAUAAAUAUACUGUAUAUUAUGAUACGUUCAGGGACCUUCAUACUCUUGUUGAAAACACGUUUUGGCUCUUUAAAAAAUACCAGUAAUGGACUGACGUACUAAUUAGAUAGCUCGCAAAGUAACCAUUUUCCUUUAACUAUUUGACUGUCUAGCUAACCCCAAAACAUAUAUAUGUAUACAUAUUUGUGUGUAAAUAAAAUAGUAUACGUAUAGAAUAUAGGGCACACUUUCCCUGUGUGACAAGAGUGGCAUCUAGUGGCCAUUAUCAGCAAGUGCACCCUGUGAAUGAUAAGACAACAGCCAUCCAUCCAUAUUUGCAAAAAUUAAAUUUUAUUCAUUUGUA